CGAGGCUUAGAGGUCGCGCUCGAGGUGAGAUGUCAGAGAAGUCAAAGCCGUUGAAACGGAAGGGGUACCCACGGAGCAAACAGCAGCGUUAGUCCGCAGCACCCGGUCUCCACCUGAGAACAGACGUCUUCGCAACGUAGCGGUAAGAUAGUAAUAAAAUAUUUCGCAGCAAAAAUGAAAUUGCGAGGGCGUCAGCUUAUGCUUUUGGCAUUUGGGGUGUUUUUCGUGGACCUCGUCAACACCACAAUUCUACUGAGAGCUUUCUUUGACAAAAUGUACCAAGCUAACCUCACCAGACUCAUACUCCAUAGGUGUCGUUUUCUCAACUCUUAUCGCCUAGAUCAUUCCCUUGCCUUCAUCCCCUGCAUCUUCCGCUUCGACACUUCCCAACCCUCUCAAGCUCGGUUUCAGUACGAUCUCGUAGGAUACGGUAUUCUGCUCGCUCAUCUCAUCGUACUCCUUGAGACCGAUCGGCUCCCCAGGUGUGUGAACUGUAUCGAACGCCCACGACAUGCGGCGGAUCGCCAGCCAGAUCUCGUGCUCGACGAUGGCCGUGCCGGGGCAGAUGCGCCUGACCGCACCGAACAUCCAGGGGUCACGCUCAUAGAGUUCGGCGGGGUUCGCAGAGGUGGAAGAUAGGGUGGCGUCGGUGAAGUUGCGGUUCGGCUGUAUACUAUCUAGAUCCCGAAGACUUGAGAGAUUGGUGAGUCAUCUCCGACGGCCCGAGAACACGUUUAAUUUGCAGCUUGGAAUGGCAUUUGAAAUGCCCUCGAGUCACGCUUCACAGAUGGUACAGUUGAAAUCCUCAGA